AUGCAGCCACCAUUAGUGCUGCUCUUGAGGGCUGCAGUCUUGAUGAGCCUCGCCAGGCUCGCUCAUGGCUCGCCCACUGUCAGCUUCCCGUUCAACUCACAAGUGCCUCCUGUGGCAUGGAUAUCCCAGCCUUUCUCUUUCAUCUUCGCGGAGAACACGUUCACUUCUUCAUCAUCCAUAAACUAUUCGCUCAGCGACCCCCCAAGCUGGCUCUCCAUCGACUCUGAUGCGCGCUGGCUGCAUGGAACCCCCAAGGAGAGCGAGGUUUUGGACGGGGAUGUCGUUGGCUAUUCCUUCGGUCUCGUGGCGACCGACGACUCUGGCUCCGUCUCGCUCAACUCGACACUUGUCGUCUCGCGUAACAAAGCACCGGCCGUCAACGUGUCAAUCUCCCAACAGCUGGAAGAAUCGGGCAACCCGUACUCGGAGCCCUCGUCUCUCCUCUACUACCCGGACAGCCCGGUGAACUUUACCUUUUCACCCAACACUUUUUCUCCCUCGUCUGGUCUGAACUUCUAUGCUGUGUCGGGGGACAAUUCUCCGCUGCCCUCGUGGAUGGCCUUUGACGAGGACGCUAUUCGGUUCAGCGGCGUGACGCCGUCGAGCGAUACGCUGGUGGAGCCGCCGCAGACGUUCAACUUCCAGCUGAUUGCUUCAGACGUCAACGGCUUCUCCGCUGCGGCUGUGUCUUUUUCUGUCAUUGUGGGUAGUCACGAGAUCACGGUGGAUGACCCGUCCGUCGUCUUGAACGCCAGCAUCGGCAAGACGCUCAAAUACGACGGUCUGCAGACUGGCGUCAAGAUCGAUGGGAAGCAGGCCAGCUCCAAAAACCUGACAGCGACUGCCCGUUCAGUCCUGCCAGACUGGCUUGUCUUUGACAACUCUACCUGGGAGAUCAGCGGCACACCGCCGUCGUCUGCGCAGAGCACGGCCUUUGUGGUCAGCUUCUCAGACGUCCUUUCCGACAUGGUCAACGUCACCGUCCAGGUAGAUAUCGACCAGGGAGAAGUGUUCCGCAGCAACCUGCCCAACAUGCAGGCGCAGUAUGGUAGCGACUUUUCGCUGGGCCUGAAGCCAUACCUUCUCAACUCAACUGGCGUUGAGAUCACCGUGCAGACGCAGCCACAGGAGGACUGGAUCGUUCUAGACGCCCGGAAUUUAACAGUGACAGGCAAUGUUCCGCUGUCUGGAGCCCCGUCUUCGGUCUCUGUCUCUGUCCAUGCCGCACGGAAUGGUUCCAACACCACGGAGAGCCAGACGUUCAUGCUGCAGAUUGUAGCUGGCGCCGUUGCUGCUAGCCCGAAAACGACAACCAGCACGACUGCGACUGCAGCAGCUUCAGGGACAGCAACAGCUGCCACUGCGACGAAUCGGACGUCUACAAAGGCCAUUCUGCUGGCCGUGCUCAUCCCCACAAUGCUCCUCUGCUUCACGCUGUCCUUCAUUGCCGGCUGCUAUUGCUAUAGGCGACGAAGCCGGCAGUGGGAGCGUGCCAAUGGCGCCGCUGCAGGUGGCGGGCUGAACGAGAAGACAGUGGUUGGAGUAGCCAUCUCCCACGAUGGCCGCAGCAGCGAUGGCACGACGCUGACGCACACGCCAGAGAAGGCAUACAAGGUCACGGAAAUACCUGCCAUAUGCAUUCAGCCGGCUCGGGAGGGAGCCAAGAACCACUCACAUCCGGCCAAUGUUGCCUCUGCUACGACAAGGAACUCUAUUAUGACUGUCGACCGCGAGAGUAAGCUCACCGGCGCAGAUAUCCCAGAGUUUCCUACACCUCCUAAGCACAUGACGCCUCCAAGAACGAAGGCCGCCAGUAGCGACGCCGGUACUACCGGGCAAUGGCCUUUUGAGGAGUCGACGUUGCUGUCCAGCGCAAGCAAGGCGUCUAAUCACGGUGAGCUGCAACACAGUGACAAUGACAGUGACAGUGCCGGUGUCCAAGGAUGUCGCGAUAUUCUGGGCAUCUCUGGCGAGACGUCCACACACAACGGAGGCGGCGCACCCGUGCCGCCAAUAGAGUUCUCUCUUCAAAGGGUCAGCGCGGGAACGCCUGUCACCCAGCAGGAAAGCCCUGUCCUCCCGCUCGGCUACGGGAGAAGCCUCUUCCCGGAGGGAAAGGUGGAAAGCCAAGAGGCCAUCAUCGACAGCGGGGAUAAACGAGGCUCAAUGUUCGUGGCCGCCGGUUCGUUCAACGAGUCGCGGUUCUCCGUGCAGAGCAUCGAUGAUGACGAGCAUGUCGCAGGGCCUGCACCGUCACAUCGCAUUUUGGGCGGUCUUGCCGCCAAGAUCACCAGCCGGUUCAGGAAGCCCAAGCCAGAAGGACCGCCUCUAGGGCCAUCACGAGGCCCUCCGCCAGGGCCGCCACCACAAGCACCACCACCACCACCACUACCCACAAUUGAGCUUAUCCGGUCGCCGGUCGCACCGUCCGAAGAUUCAGACUAUGGGAGUGUCACGUUCGGCGACGUCACGAUGGUGCAGCCGUUUCGGCCGCGGCCGGUUUUCAUCACCAGUCCGAAUCCCAGCCGCAUAAUUGCCGAAGAAGAAGAGGACUUGACUCCCCCGCGGCUGCUAGGAGGCGCAUCCGUCUCCGGUUCCCGGGCUGUCAGCCAGGGGUCGUCUGCACCAGCAAAGUCGCUCGUCCCGCCUCGGGAACCCGAGAACAUCGGCAGCAUCCAGGAAAGGCGGCUGUUGGGAUUGCGAAAAGUAUCGCUAUCGACAGGUCACAACGACCUGGACGAUGACAACGCUGAGGACGAGGCCAGUGAUGCAGCCAUCCGCCUUGACCCACCCAGGCCCGCGUUCCUCGGCCCCGUGUCGCCACAGUACAGCGACAUGGACCUUUCACAGGAGAUUGCCCGCUCCAUCUCGCUUCGCAGCCGACGGCCGAUAAGUGCCAGCAGUGACUUGAGCGGAAUUUCUGCUGCCAUGGAGGAGGUACGCAGCCUGUUGCUGCUGCCGUACGACACGGCCGAUCCCAGCCGGAUAGGGUACAGCCGAAUGGGCUACAGUGACGGGCUGCAAUCGCCGUCGUCCGGGUCGUGGGAGACGCUGCAGUCUGCAGAGCCGAACUGGACCAGCGUGUUUGACAACGUGGCGGCGCCGGUCCGCCAAACACUUUACGGCCAUGACCUGUCCACACCUUUCGCGCAGUCAGGACUGCAGCUGUCACAUCCAGGUGGUGAUAACAGGCCGUUCGUCUUCCCAGACACCGCAUAUAACUAUCCCGUCGAGGAGUCGAUCGCUCCAGAGGUGGAGAUGUGCGAUGCGGAUGCAGUGCUGGGAGCCUAUCCGGAGUCACAGCAAGAGGCCUCAUCUUCCGACAGUUAUCCCGAAGGCUUCGUCGAAGCUCAUCUGCAAAAUUACAGUCAUUCCCCGGAGCUUCGGCCAAGAGGGAUCGGCUUGGCUGUUUCCAAGUAUUCGCAGCCGCAGAUGGACUCACACAACUCUCUCACGUCUCGUGCAAGCAGCGGUGUGUUGGCGUUUAUCUGA